AUGGGUCACGAAUAUGCAGAUGGUGGUGGAGAUAAAGGUAUCUUCGUCAAUUGCAUCAAAUCCAAGAGAAUUUUGAUUUUAAGUGGGUUUACUGUAGCACUUGUUAUUACUGUUAUUGCAUUAGCAACUGCAUUAGGUGUUGCAAAUAAAAAGUUGUCAGAGAAAGCAGCAACUGUGUCAAGUUCACCUACAACUUCAGCUUCAUUAAUACCCUCUCUGUCCAGUACAAUCACUGUGAAGCAAAUGAUAGCUCAUUUACAAGCAUUACAGAAUAUUUCUUCGACUACUGGUGGAAACCGUUUUACUGGUUCGAACGGUUUUAAUAAGACAGUCAGUUAUAUAGUGGAUUAUUUGAGGACCAAGACAAAUCUUGAAGUACAUACACUUGAGUAUUUUUCUGUUCCCAAUUAUCAACUAGAUGGUGAGCCGACACUAAUUAUUGAUUUUAAUGGUACACGAGAUAAUUAUACGUACGCAACAGAUUUUACCGAUAUGCAGUACGCUAGUAGAGCUUACGGUAAUUUAUCACAACCCGUAUCGGUAAUACCUGAGUUUGGUUGCUUCCCUGUCGAUUGGGAACGUGCAAAUCCUAAGAUUCAAAAUCGUACCACUGUAGCACUUGUUAAACGGGGUCAAUGCACAUCUGUCGAAAAAUCUCGGUUAGCUGCAAAAUAUGAUGUCGGGGGACUGUUAGUGUAUAACGAUGGCGCCUCAUGGGAUCGAAACGAUCCACUAAACUUCAGGGUUGGUUUUUACACAUCGUUUCCCGCUUUGUUUUUAUCAUUCGAUAUUGGUAAUCGUAUUAAACAAAUAAUAGACUUUAAUGGUACUGUAGAAGUAACAAUGAAGGUCACUGUCGAAGAUCUCGAUGAUUUUAAUGUUUCUAAUGUUUGUGCAGAUACAAGAAGUGGUAAUAUUUCGAAAACAAUUGUUGUAGGCAGUCAUACUGAUAGUGUAAAAGAAAGUAGUGGGAUUAAUGAUAAUGGUAGCGGUACAGCAGCAAAUCUGGUUCUCGCCACAAAUGUAGAUAGUCUAUUAAACACACCAAGCUAUCCAAAGUAUCCGAAUCGUAUCCGCUUUUGCUGGUGGGGCGCUGAAGAAGUUGGUUUGAGAGGAUCUAUUCACCACAUUAAGCAAGCAGUAAACAAUACUAAACCUGGUGAAAAUCUUCGUGAUUAUCUGGUUAACCUUAAUUUAGAUAUGUUAGCUUCACCGAACUUCAAUUUCGGUAUAUUUAGUGGAAGCUCGAUCGAUAAUUCAACGGAUGAAAAGGCAAUAAACGGGAGUAUUCUGCUUACAAACCUAUUUAUCAAAUAUUUUAAUGAUAAUAAAUUGCCAUGGUCUCCGAUUGCCUUUGAUGGCCGGAGUGAUUAUGGUCCAUUUUUAGCUGCUGGAAAAGCUUGUGCAGGCUUAACUACGGGUGGGGAUGCCAUUAAGACUCAAGACGAACGUGAUCGCUAUGCUGCUCAAUUACCUCAAGGGGAAAAUGCUGGUAUUGUAAAUGCAAUGCUCGAUCCUUGUUAUCAUAACAAAUGUGAUACGAUAGAAAAUAUUAAUUGGUAUGCCUACGAAGUAAUGGUAAAAGCAGCAGCAUUUGUUUUGGAAAAUAUAGGACAACGAUCUGACUUAGACACAUGGCUAUAUUCUUCAUUAGUUCAAUCUGGACGGUCAGAAGACAUGUUGAAGUAUGAAAUAAUAGAAAAUACCGUUCUAAGUCAGUACUACAGAAAAACAGAUUUAUAA